UCGAUUAUUCUCUCUCUAUAUAUCUCUCACUCUCACAUUCUAAAGAGAGGGAAAAAAAAAAAACAACAAAGACAGAGUUACUCGUAACAAAAUGGAAAUUGAGCCAAGCCCACCAGUGGCAGCAAAGAAGGUAUGGAACAUAGUACGUGUAUUGUUCUUCAUGUUGAGAAAAGGCAUAGCCAAAAGCAAAAUAAUGGUAGAGUUCCAUUGGAUGCUCAAACGUGUUAAACUCGCCGGCAAGGCCUUAGUCAACAGCGUCGUGCUCCACCACCACUUCGCCGCCUUCGCCUGCCACUCCCACGACACUCACCUUUCCUUCAUCUCUCCCCGAGAGUAUGAGUUCAGCUGCAGCAAUAGCCCUGCAAACCCUCUCCCCGCCAUCAAUAAACGCAAGCACCACCACCAUCAGUUAAGUCGAUUCUCCAAGUCAAAGCAAUACGACGACGUUUCCACCUUGAAUGCAGUUCAGAAGGUGCUUGAGAUGUUGAACAAUGAGAAGGUGGAAGCUUCCCCGUCGGUGACAUUACCUGGGUUUGGGUUUGGGAAGAGCCCUCUUGUGAGGCAACUACGAGUAACUGACUCACCCUUCCCGUUAAAGGACGAAGGGGAUAGCAAAGUGGACAUGGCAGCUGAGGAAUUCAUUAACAAGUUCUAUAAAGAUCUCAACUUGCAAAAAAGAAUGGCUAGUACUCUUGAGUCACCAUACCAUAACUUUUGGAACAGAUGAAAAAAUGGACCUUAAUAUGCUUCUAGCCAUAUCUCACGAGCACCUUCUACAUAUUUUUCCCUCUCUGUGUCAUCAUAGUUAGUGCUACGACCAGAUCAUCUGAUUGAUGUAUUUUGUGUUUUUAAUUAAUAUCUUGUUUCAGUUCACUAAACUUUAAUUUUAGUGCUUUUGAACUCUCUUCUUUUUUUGUGUAA